AUGGCCAUACAAGAAAUGACGAAUCCUACAAAUUUGAAGAAAGCUGAUCGAGAUAUUUGGCGUUCUUCUUCUGGUGUACGAAAGGAUGAAAAGAUUCGACGAAGAUUUGGAAAUGCAGCCAUUUUUCUUAUCAUGUUUGAAAAUAUUAGCAGAAUUGAGCGGUUUUUUAAAUAUCGAGAUGAUUAUUCGCUUGUAAAUGUGGAUCCUCCCAAAUCGAUACUAUUAUUUGGGCCUUCUGGAACAGGAAAAACACAUGUUAUUUAUGAGUUAUGUUCUAAAUAUCAAAUCAAGUUGUUUAGUUUGACUAUUGGUGAUUUAGCUGCAGAAUUCCCUGCAGAGCCCGAAAAAGGACUACGUCGUUAUUUGGUUCUCGCUUAUAAUAGUCAACCAAGCGUGCUAUUGUUAGAAAAUAUUGAAUUAUUUUUCCCCAUAAGUGGUGACAGUCCAUUACUUUCUUAUUUUUUUCGUGAAUUAUUGGAUAAUUGUUUUAAAGAAAAGAUUGGAACUUCUAUCAAUAUUGAUUCUAUAAAUCCGGCUGCUCGAUCAAUAUUUGAAGAUGAAAUUGAAUUUGGAACUCUAAUACCCAUGGAACGCUUAGAAAUACUGGAAACAUGUACCAAGAAUUUAGAUCUUGCUUCAAAUGUUGACAUCAAAGAUAUUAAUGAUAAAUGCCAUGGAUUUGUUGCUGCUGAUAUUGUUUCGUUAUGCAGAAUGGCUACUGAGCAUAGCGAUGCUAAAAGCAUACAACAAACUGGUGAACCAUGUGAAUUAAAAAUCUCUAAUGAUGAUUUUCUAUAUGGGUUGCAAAAAAUUCGAAUUAGUGGUUUACAAAAAAAGAAUAGUGUUCAGAAAGUUGAAUCAGUAAAAUGGUCUGAUAUUGGAGGGUUAGAAGAAGUGAAGAGCAUGUUAGAAGAAUCAGUAAUUUGGAUAUAUAAACGUAUCGAUUCCUUUCGCCAUCUCGGAAUAAAACCUUCUAAUGGUGUUCUACUUUAUGGUCCACCAGGUACGGGGAAAACUUUAUUAGCUAAAGCCGUAGCCACAGAAUCAUCAGCAAAUUUCAUUCCAGUUUCAAUACCGGAUUUAAUCAAAGGUGAGGUUGGAGAAUCAGAAAAAGCAAUAGCCAAUAUAUUUAAAAUGGCGCGUCGAUGUAGUCCUUGUAUAAUAUUCUUGGACGAAUUGGAGGCUAUGUUUGGAAGUAAGGAGUCUAGUGGUAGUUUUGGGCAAAAGAUUAUGUCACAACUUUUGCUGGAAUUGGAUGCAUUGGAUUCAGUAGAUCAAGGAGUUGUUGUGCUUGCUGCAACAAAUAAUCCGAGAGCUAUUGAUCCCUCUUUAGUAAGACCUGGUCGCAUUGAUAGAUUAAUUUAUAUUAAACCACCAUCACUUUCCGAAAGAAUUUCAAUUCUACAAAUGCAAAAUGUUAAAACGAAAUUUUCUAAAAAUAUAAAUCUUAAAGAAAUUGCUGAAAAAACCGAGAAUUUUACUGGAGCUGAUUUAAAAGCUUUAGUACAAAGAGCUGCUUUUUUGAGGUUUAAGAAAUACAGGGCUAGAGAACAGCAAUUAAAUUCUGACGUUGAGUGCAAUAUCGAUCAAACAGAUCUUUUAGAAGCACUUUCAAAAUUUAGUCCUUCUGUUAAUUUGUCACAACUUGAUAUGUAUGAAAAAUUUUCUAAAUCCUUAGAUUGA